UUCAUUUAACAUCAGCUGCAAAGUUAUUUAAUGGGUUAUAUUUAAUCUGAUUAUAUGUAAUACACUUCUAGAUGUAUUUGGUGGUUGCUUUACAGGUGAAGAAAAAACUCCUCUUAACUGGAUUUCAGAAUGAACUCAAGCCAAGCUCAGAUAGUGGAUAAUACCCCUCUUUGCUAUGAAUUCUUAAACAGAUCUUGUCCAAAGCUUGUCUAUCCUCUGUUUCUGAGAGUGCCACUUUACUUGUUCUUCAGCUCAGUGGUGAUUUUAACAGUGUUGGGAAACCUGUUUGUUAUCAUAACCAUUUUUCAUUUUAAGCAGCUGCACAUGCCAACUAAUUACCUUGUUCUGUCUCUGGCUGUAACUGAUCUGCUGCUGGGUGUCAUUUAUAUGCCUCCAUGUAUGGUACAAUCUGUGGAAACCUGCUGGUAUUUGGGUCAUCUAUUCUGUAAAAUUUAUAACAGUAGUGGUAUCAUGUUGUGUACUGCUUCCAUUUUAAAUCUGUCUUUCAUUUCCAUUGACAGAUAUUAUGCUGUGUGUCACCCUUUACUGUAUCACAAUAAAAUCACCUCCUUUGUCACAUUUAUCAUGAUUAUCAUCUGCUGGACUGUUUCAACUGUAGUUGGGUUUGGAAUAAUAUUUCUGGAGAUCAACCUUCUGGGCGUUGAAGAGUUUUAUCAUGAGCAUGUUGCAUGUGAAGGAGGUUGUGUGUUGUUUCAAAGCACAACUUCGAGCACUUCUUCCUCCUUGCUUUCUUUUUAUAUCCCAGGUGUUGUGAUGCUCAGUAUAUAUAUAAAGAUUUUUCGUGUUGCUCAAAAGCAAGCAAAAUCUAUUCAGGACUCAAAAUGUAAAAAUGCAGAAUCAGUGUUGAGCAAAGAGGAGAAAAAAGCCACCAAAACUCUAGCUGUGAUUUUAGGCGUGUUCCUGUCACUUUGGAUGCCGUUUUUUAUCUGCAACAUCCUCAAUCCUUUUACUGGCUACUUAAUUCCACCAAUAUUUUUUGAUAUGCUGGCUUGGAUUGGACUUAUGAAUUCAACUUGUAAUCCUAUUGUGUAUGCUUUCUUCUAUAAGUGGUUUAGAAAAGCAUUUAGGAUUAUUUUAACAGGUAAAAUAUUUCAGCCAGGGUCUUCACGAAUUAACCUCUUUUCACACUGA